GCUGGAGCAGACCGAGGACUUGCCCGUUCCGUCGGCGCAGUCACCGGCAGUGAAUACUCGUGCUAGAGGGGACACUCGUGUUCCUGGGACGUCGAACGGAUCCUGAGCUUGAAGGUAGGUCAGCUGUAGCAGCAGCGUUGCUGCCAAGGCUAAACGAGCACGAUCCAUCGUGAGAAUGGUUGGACACUGACGUUAGGAAAGUACUUCAAGCAGUGUCUUUUAUAGUCAGUUUAUCAAAGAUUAAAGAAGGGAUGGCUACCGUGUUAGUUGAAGCUUAAAUAAUGACAUUGAGAUAUGAUCAUUUUCUUCCAAGAACUACUAUUUUCAAUCUGGAACUAGCUAAUUCGUAGAAGUAGUUCUGCAAACCUCGACUUAUGAUAAGAAAGAAACUACCUGUCUACAUUUAGUUCAGGAUCUGCAUCAGCGCAAUGUCGAAUUUGCUCCAUACUUUUCUGAUUUUAGCACCUUUCAUAACCUUUUCCAAGACUCAGUGUACUACCGGAUCAAGAUUUGCAUGCGCAAAUUGUUCCACCGUUAGCGUUUGCUCGUACGGAGGCAUUCAAGUUGACACGUUCCGCUGUGACUCGGUCAAUGCAAGUCGUCCCUUCUGCUCCGGCAACACUGGAGUCUGCAAAAGUGCCCCAGAAGGAAGUUGCAUCCAACCAAGUGAACUAUGUCCGCGUGCUUCGGAUACCUUUCCAAAUCCAUCCAACUGUUUGCAGUACAUCCACUGUGAUGCCCAAAAGCAAGCCCAAACAGUCCGCUGCUCACCGAGCAGUUACGUGUACGACCAUUCCACCAGAUCUUGCAAGCAGCGCCAGACCAGCAACGACUGCUUCCAGGUCAACUGCGCCCUGGCAAGCAAUCUCAACUGCUGGACAUCCUAUCGACCCGUUCCAAAACUCGCAUUCUACUGCUCCAUCGCCGUAGGCCCGAUGACCUUCGAAUGCUCCACCGGCGAAAACCAAAUCUUCAAUGUCGUCAGCCGGUCGUGCGUCUUUGGCUGUCCCAGUGAAGGUCGCUUCCCGGUUCCGGAUGACGGCACCAAGUACUACCAGUGUGCUCGUGGGGUGUACGGUGUGCUUGUGGCGCAGAAAGUCUCAUGUUCAGCGGGUUUGGUGUUUGAUCCGAGUUUGGCUAAUUGUACCGUGGCGUCAUCAACAACAACAGAACCCGCAACAACUUUGGUGACCGUCGGAUCUACAACUGCUGUCGAUACGACAGAACUUACAACAAGUCCUGCGGAAACAACGACUUCUUCAACAGCUACUGAAACGUCUACUUCUAAUUAAGCUGCAUCUUAAAUGGAACCACUUGAUGCACAAAAAGGUUGUUGAAAUUUUCUUUUACUUUUACACUUUUACUAAAAACGAAGUCGUUUUCGCGACGUUCCCUUG